AUGGAUCGAAUAUAUUUAUUUCUUGGACUCCUUGCUCUUGUAUAUUUUCUGGAAGCAAUCGGUGGGAGUUAUAUAAACUCUGCUGUGCAGAACAUCGAAAGACAAUUCCAAAUGUCAUCAAGAAUGUCAGGAUUUAUGGUUUCCGCAAGUGAUUUCGGUUAUAUUCCAACAGUUGUGUUAGUUGCACAUUUUGGUUCAAAAGGGAAUCGAGCAAGAUGGAUCGGAGCUGGUGCUGUUUUAGUGUCAAUAACUUAUUUGAUGCUGGCCUCACCUAAUUUCUUGUUUCCGAGUGGGAAACAUGAUUUGAAUACAACCGAAGUUAAGGUGAGAUUUUUCAUAUAACAAGAAGAAUAUUCACUGAAAGAGCUCUAUCAAAAAAGCUUGAAAGAUACAAUUGAAAAUCAUAGUUUUCCAGUCUCAACUGAUGCCAAAUGAAGCUCAACUUUCAAAAAAUGCUACUCUGAAAGAUCUCCUUUCUUAUUCGUUAAUUAGAGAUCGAAUGGACCAAGAAACAUACAAAAUGCUAUUAAAACUUGAUCACGACACAACUCCUGUAGGUUUUUUUUCCAAAUAUUUUUUACUUGUGUUUCUCUUUUCAGAUCCAUGAUUUUGAUUCGGAUAAAAUUAAAACUCUGAAUCCUCACAGUUUCAACAAGACAUAUACAAUUGAUGGUUGGUUGAUUGAUGAUGCUAUUCGAGCUGCAGAAAAUGUGUCAAGCCAAAAUGAAGUUCGUUCAAUUCUGUCAUAUUAUAUUCAUCGUAGAACAAAUCAAAGUUUCGAAGAUGUUAUGUCAUUGAGAAAAAGUGCUGCUGCACCUUUUACAAUGUGCGGAAAAGUUACAAAUGGUCUUCGAGCGAUUAUCAAGGUAGGAAGUUUUUUAAAGAAAAAUAAGUGUCAUCAUAUCAUCAAUUGUUAUUUUUAGGAUUCAAAAUGUGAACAUGAAACAUCAAAUGUCUAUCCAUUUUUAAUAUUUUUCUUGUCUUUGUUCUUUUUGGGAAUUGGAAGAACUGUUCCAUGGAGUUUGGGUGUUCCACUUCUCGAUGAUAAUAUUAAAAAGAAGAGUUUGCCAACAUAUUUUGGAGGUAUUUCUUCUAUUCGAGUUCUUGGACCAAUUUGUGGAUAUUUGAUCGGCAGCUUCUGCAAUAAAUUAUACUAUACUUUAAGUAGUGAGUUCAGCAGGGGUUUCUGGAGAAUAUAGACAUGAACACAUUUUUAGCGCCAACUGGAUUGACUCCUGCUGAUCCAACUUGGAUUGGUGCUUGGUGGAUUGGAUUUAUUUUAAUUGGAUCGAUCACAUUGUUCCCAUCGAUUUUCAUGAUAUUUUUCCCACAAGGUGAAAAAGGAUCAGCUUCACAUGUUCAACUUUUUGAUGUCCAUAAAGAACAAGAGAAAAACAACAAAAAACAAGAGAAAACUAUGAAAGAAAGAGGUUCAGAGUUUUUGAAAUCAUGCAAAAGUGUGCUAUCAAUCAAACUUUAUAUGGGAAGUGUUUUGGGAAGAAUUUGUGAUAUUUUGGCGUUCAAAGGAUAUAUUGUGUUUUUACCAAAGUAUUUGGAAAAUCAUUUUGGUAUUCCACAAUUUUUAGUUCACCGUUAUAUGGGUAAGUGUUAAUUUCAAUUAAAAAUUAAACUCACAAUCAAUUAAUAUAAAUUUUAGCAAUGUUUGGUGUUUUUGGAUUUGGUUUGGGAACAGCAUGUGGAGGAUUUAUCAUUAAAAAAUUCAAAUUGAAUGGUAGAAGGGCUGCAUUCUUUGUGUUAGUUGUGUCAGCUUUGAAUCUUAUUUUGUAUGGAUCGAAAGGUUUUAUCGCGUGUGAAUCUGUAGUCAAUCAAAUUGGAAUCAAUAAUAAGUAAGAUUUUUUUCUGAAAACUCAAAAAAUGCUGAAAAUUUUUCAUCCCUUCUGAAUUCAAAAAUCAGACCAAAAAUCUUGAUGAGGUCAUUGAAUGUUAAUAGGAAAUACUUCAAACAUCAAGUGCACUUAUUCACAUAUCUCAACAAGUACAGAAAUUCUGAUCUUUUUCCAGAGAUACUAAUUUCAACUUUACUCAAGAAUGCAACUCACAAUGUUUAUGUUCAAAUGCAAAAGUCUAUCCAGUUUGUGACAAAUCUGGUUUUGCAUAUUUCAGUCCGUGUCAUGCAGGUUGCCGUGAAGCUGUUCAAAUUGGUGAAAAUCCACUUUUAGUAAGGAGAUCUUUGAAAAAUUUAUUCAACAAUGUUUUUUUUCUUCAGGAAUUCACAUCUUGCCAAUGUGCAGCUGGCGGUGUUGUUAGCAGUCGUUACUGUAAAAAUACCUGUCAAACAUCCAAAAUAUUAUUUUUCAUAACUGUUUUACCAUCAGCAUUUGCAGCUGGUCUUGGAGUUGUUCCAGGAAUGUUAAUAUUAUUGAGGUUUGUUUACGAUUUGAGUUUUUUUCACUCUCGAAAAUAAUUGUUUAUAGAUCUGUGCCACCUGAAUCUCGAUCUCUCUCAUUGGGUCUUCAAGGAAUGGCUGUAUCCAUUUUCGGAACGUUACCAUCGCCCCCACUUUGGGGAUUAGUUAUUGAUUCUGCUUGUUUGGUUUGGAGUAAAACUUGUGAUGGUUCAACUGGUGCUUGUUCAAUUUACGAUCCUGAAAAGCUUCGAUAUUAUAUGCACGCGUUAUAUGUACUCAUUCGAUUAAUAUCUUUGUUGACUGAUAUUUAUGUCUGGAAACAUUGUAAAAAUCUGAAUAUUUUGGAUGAACCUGUGAAAGAGGUAAAUUUAAUAUUUUCAAAAGUAAAAACUAAAUUUAGUUAUUGUUACAGGAAAAGGACGUUGCGGUGCCCAUGACGAAUGUCGCCCAAGCUGAAAUAUAA